GAAAUAGCUUAAACAAAAUUUAAGAGAAACAAGAAACAAUAGAAUUUAAUUUUCAUCAGACGUCAUGUCUUCUCCUCGGCGCAUUGCAUCCAAACCAGACAUAGCUUCAGCCUCAACUUCAAAUUCAUCAUCAGCACCAACAAUGCCAAUGCCCAAUGCAUCUGCAACCCCAACCACAGCCGAAUGUCCGGGAACAACUGCUGCUCCUCAAGCCGUGGUUGAGGGUUCCCGCGACACCCUGGAUACUCUGGACUGCGAUAACGCUCCGAACACAAGCGGUCAACGAAGAAGAUUUUCCCCCCAAGGGGCGGACUGUGGCCUUCCGGUUAGCACCUGUGCAUUUCGGGUGCGACGGGAGCUAAACGAGAUCCGAAAGAAUCCGCCGCCCAAUUGCAGUGCCGAUCUCUUCAUGGACAGGCUGCUCCAUUGGACGGCCACGGUUAUCGGUCCCGCCGGCUCCGUGUACGAGGGUGGCCACUUUGAGCUGGACAUUCGCUUUCCCCUGAACUAUCCGUUCCGACCACCGCGUAUCCGCUUUUCGACGCUCAUCUACCAUUGCAACGUGGACUGCGUGGGCGCCAUCUGUCUCGACGUGCUGAACGAGCGCUGGUCGCCGGUGAUUAAUGUGUCCAAAGUGCUGCUGUCGAUCUGGCUGCUGUUAGGAGAGUGCAAUCCAGAGGACCCCCUGGUCAUGUGCAUUGCCGAGCAGUACAAAACCAAUAGGCAGGAGCACGACAAGGUCGCCCGCUUCUGGACCAAGCGCUUUGCCAUGCCCAAAGAGGCAAAGUCCAACAAUUCGAAUCUAAAGGAGCCACACGAGCCAGCGAAGUUAACGGAACCAAAGAAUCCAGAGCAGCAAAAUAGUUUUAGCAAGCCGAUGUAAAUUAUUUAACCAAAGAAUUCAACUGCUAAUGAAGAUUCGAUGAAACAUCUCUGAUCGAUGUUCUGCCCUUAAUGAAAAUCAGUUCUGCUGUCUUUGCUGUCAACAAACCAUUUUGAUAUCAAUAUGUAGACCUAUCGAGAACUCUUGAGAGCUUUUCUCGGUGAAUCAGGAACCCAAGGCAACAAACUCACCCACUCUGUGAACUCCAGCCCCGGUCGCAGGUCCUGUUUCAGCCCUCUUCCACUGUUCAACCGUUUUAGUCUGACUCGCUGAGAUAGGCACGUGGUCCUCUGCGGCUCAUGUCUAUGAAUAUUCAUGAGCAGCCAAAAAAAAACACUGCCAGAGGCGUUGGAAAAAAAUCACUGAACAGAAAAGGGGAAAUGGGUGAGCGGAUGACAUUGAAAAAUGAAUUGGAACGCAAGCGAAGGAUUGGACUGCGGGGUAUGGAUAAUCAGCUCCCAAACUAUCAACAUC